UGGACCAUCGCCACUUGCAAUCUGCAUGCGCAUCAUCGCACAGCUUUCGCAGCCUCCAGAUCUGGGGAAGUUCAAGCUCGUUACAUCUUGAACCCUGUCUGUCCACUCUCGGUCAUCGAUAUGCCCCGAAAUCUCUCAAUUAUGAUCAAGGCCUCGCCCACGUUGUCUCCUCUUUCUGGACAGGUGAUCGUGUUCAAGAACUGAUACAAUUCAUUCAAAUUACUUUGCCUCUACUUCUUUCUCGGGGUCCUUGAACAUCUUCUAAUCUACUCUGUACACUUCUGCCCAGCUAUCCAUUUUGAGCGUGCUGUGCAUUUCUUCCUUUUUCCUCUCUGCACCACAUUCUUCUUUCUGAAGGACUACAACACCAACUGACAACAAUCCUAAGCUUGCAACUGACAAUGGCUUCUCGGUUCUCUCCGCGGCGGCUCUUGAGGCCACUCGCCUAUGGCACAGGACUGGCCGUCGCAGGUACGACUGUCAUGUACAUAGCCUACCGCCCUAGGAAUGUUCCCGGCGCAGAUACGCUCGCUCCCAAACCCCCACGAAGAGACGCAAAUGGCGUCAUCAUUCCUCCCAAAUUUCCCUACAUCAAGUCACGAGCCGAGCAGAUUGCGGAUCUGAAGAAAUCCUCGUCUGCAUCGCCGUCUGAAGAGUACGAUUUGCUUGUAAUUGGCGGCGGAGCCACAGGAACCGGUAUUGCGCUGGAUGCGGCUACAAGAGGUUUGAAGGUGGCUCUUGUGGAAAGAGAUGACUUUAGCAGUGGCACAAGCUCAAAAUCCACAAAAUUGGUCCAUGGAGGCGUCCGAUACCUUGAGAAGGCUGUAUGGAAUUUGGACUACAAUCAAUAUCAGCUAGUAAAGGAGGCGCUGAGAGAACGAAAGAGCUUCUUAUACACGGCACCCCACCUGAGUUCGUGGCUCCCCAUCAUGCUGCCUUUGCAGAAGUGGUGGCAGCUUCCCUAUUUCUGGGCGGGAACAAAAUUCUACGACUUCCUGGCCGGUUCAGAGGGUAUCGAAAGCUCUUAUUUCCUCCCUCGAAGCAAGGCGCUAGAUGCGUUCCCCAUGUUGAAGAAAGAGAACCUGGUGGGAGCUCUGGUUUACUAUGAUGGCCAACACAACGAUUCGAGAAUGAAUGUUUCACUGGCGAUGACUGCUACUCUCUACGGCGCGACGACGGUCAACCACCUCGAAGUGACAGGUCUCGAGAAAGACGCCAAUGGAGUGUUGACGGGUGCAAAAGUGCGAGAUCUGAUUGCCGACAAGGAUGGGAAAUCAGGAAAUGAAGAUUUCGUUGUCAAGGCCAAGGGCAUUAUCAAUGCAACCGGCCCCUUUGCAGACGCCAUCCAGCAAAUGGACGAACCGGGUACGAGAGACAUUGUGUCACCAAGUUUGGGAGUCCACGUUGUUCUUCCUGGCUAUCUCAGUCCUCAGAACAUGGGUCUGAUUGACCCCUCGACUUCCGAUGGACGUGUUAUCUUCUUUCUCCCUUGGCAAGGCAAUACCAUAGCAGGAACGACAGACGCACCAUGUGCGAUAUCACAGAAUCCAGUGGCUGGAGAAAAAGAUAUUCAAUGGAUUCUGGACGAAAUCCGAACGUAUCUAACGCCAGACAUCGACGUUCAGCGGUCCGAUAUUCUCGCCGCAUGGUCAGGUAUCCGCCCUCUUGUCCGAGACCCGAAAUCCAAAAAUACCGAAUCUCUUGUUCGAAGUCACCUUGUCACUGUAUCUGAUUCUGGUUUGCUCACAUGUGCUGGUGGAAAAUGGACCACUUACCGCCAAAUGGCUGAAGACGCGGUUGACGAAGCCAUUAAGGUGUUCAAAUUGCAAACCAAGCCUGUUACUUAUGUUCCUGAUAUUAGCGGUGUCAACGGUAUUGACCCAACUGCGAAGAUCCUCGACGGUACUUGCCAAACCCAUCAUAUCCGCCUGCUCGGUGCCCACGGUUACUCUACCACGCUUUUCAUCAAUCUAAUUCAACACUUUGGUCUUGACAUGGAUGUCGCGAAGCACCUCGCAACGGACUACGGUGACCGCGCCUGGGAUGUGGCCGCAAUGGCUACCCCCACGGACAACACGGAGCAUUACCCUCGACGAGGCCAACGAUUGUCAACUCUGUACCCUUUUAUUGACGGCGAAGUACGUUAUGCGGUCCGGAGUGAAUACGCUCAGACCGCAAUUGACGUCCUUGCACGCCGCACGAGAUUGAGUUUUUUGAAUGCUCAGGCCGCUUUACACGCCCUUCCCAAGGUCAUCGAUAUUAUGGGUGAUGAAUUAGAAUGGAGCCAACAGAGAAAGGAAACUGAAUGGAAGGAUACAGUUUCUUUCCUCGCCAGCAUGGGUCUACCGAGCGACCUGCUUCAAAUCACAAGAGAGCAGGUCUUAAAGGGGGAAAUGACGACAAGCCACCUUGCCCCUGCCAAGGGUGCCUCCAAAGCCGUUGUCCCUGUCAGACCUUCGCUUGAGCCUGUUGCCGAAUCCCACGGACCGGUUCCAUGAGUACGGCCAUUGCAUGACGAACAGACCAACGAGAAAAGUUUAUCUCCGGCGUCAUGAUCUGCAUUAUCUACGAGUGCAUUGGAUUAAAAACGCUGGACCUCUUUUGUAUGAUACCAUAUCUAUGAUCUGGCGCAGGGCGUUGGGGGAGCUUCCAGGUUCAUCGACCACAUGUUUCAGGAGUGAUUGAGUAUUUUCGGACCAUUUACAUCUAUAUUUCAUCCGGCAUUGUUGCUCGGAAUGACACUGGGCACGGCCCCGUGGAGCAAGCUGCCUAAAAUUUAUAUCAAUUAUUUACAUAUCAA